ACACUGAAGACUAUAUAAGAAUGUGCUCACCACAAGAGCAAACAUUUUUCCAGGUGAAUGACUCUCAUGAAGCAGCCAUAAAGAUGACUGAAGACUCUGUUUCAAGGAGACCUGUGGCCACUAACAAAUCAUAUUUCUAUUUCACCACUGCUUUCCUCUCUGUCUGCCUCGUGUUUGCCCUAGCAACCAUCAUGAUCUUAAUCGUUCAGAAGACGGGGCCUACUCCUGAAAAGCCAGGCAAUACACUUCAUUUUGUGGGAGGAAAUGAUUCAGAACUCUUUUUAAGAAUCCUAAAGAAUGUUCCAUUUAAGACGGCUGCUGCAUACAUGAGAGCAUUAAAACCAAAUAACACAGAGCUGAAAUGGACUGAGUAUGGUGUUCGUCAAGAUAUCCAGAUCCACGAAGGGAUUCCAGUGAUCCAGACACAGGGCCUUUACUUGAUCUUUUGCCACUUGAACUUUAAUAUACACAACUGCUCAGGCGACACAAUAGACAUAAAACUGCAGAUGUUUGUGAACGGUGAUCCCAGAAGGCAAACAAUAGACACGCUGUGUACAUCAAAUGAGGUCUCUAAAAGGAUUUACAAGGAGUUCUUUCAACUUUUUCUGGAGUACCUAAAUGUGAAUGACCGAAUAUCAGUACAAAUUGAUAAGUACCAGUAUUUGGAUUUUGCUGUUCUUCCCAAUGAAAAUGUUCUUGGGGUCUUCAGGUACAGUAAUUAAUAUAAUGUGAGGAUUGCCUUAUUUCCUCAUUACGGCUCAGAACAUCAAUAACUUGACUCUGGACAAUACCUUAUUUAAAUUGACACAUUUUACUUCAUCACUAGGGUAAACAAGGAACUUUCAACAUGAAAUCAAAAAACACUGCAAAGCAUGAUCCUGAUAGAUGCAGUAAGACACUGAACUUUCUCAGGGUGGGAUUGCCCUGCUAUAAAAAACAAAAAACCCACCUAUUAUUACAAGACUGUCUGGCAGGAAUGAGACUAUCAAAUAACCGACAAGCAAGGCAAUGAUUCCCUAAAGCAACCUUACAUAAAAACAAACAGGCAAAAUCCCAACCAGACUCUAAAAACAAUGUUCCAUGUUGAGAUUAAUCUGCUAUCUUCCAUGCAAAGAAAA